UCCGCCAUUCUCGCAGGCGAUGCCGUCAGCCCUGAACGGGCUGGACUGCCGCUGUGCAUGACUAGACAUGCUGGCCGCCCUGGGAUAUACCUGUCGGCGAUGUCGUCCCGUGCACUGCACUGGCGGGACCCCAGAUUGAAAUCUAUCCCACCGUCUUUCCAGCUCCCCGUCUCAUUCCUUCCUUGCCCGAAAGGGUCCAAUUACGCAAGCCCGCAUCCGCCUUUCUACAAAACUCAUACUUGAACCCUUUGUGUCGGCUCAGUCCUUGUUGGUCUCAGGCACGCUAGGCCCUUGAAAAGUCCCGUCGACGUCCUUGCCGUGCGUCCCUUUGCCAUUGCGAUUCUUGCAGGCGACAAACAAACAAACGAUCCUCUUCGAUCCUGGAAGUCAACCCUACCUGGCGACGUCAGUGUUUUCAUUAGCAAACAGUACGCCUCAAUUCAACGACACAGUAGCAACUAGUACGACGCUCUCACGCUGCUGCAGACUUGCAAUUGCCGGCAUUGUCACACCUUAGCUUCAUACUCAGUCUACACAUACCGUUGGCCAUGUGUCGGUUUCUGGUAUACAAAGGAAGCGACGAAAUCCUGCUCUCCAAGCUGGUUCUCGACCCUGCCCAUUCGAUUCUCAAGCAGUCUUUCGAUUCGCGAUUGCGACUGGAUACCCGUCGCGGCCAAAACAAUGCAGAUGGCUUCGGAAUAGGAUUCUACACAGAUCCUAAGCUCGGUUCGGCGCCUUGCCUGUUUACAUCAACGACCCCCGCAUGGAACUGCCAAAACCUCCAACGUCUUGCCUCCAAGACCGCCUCACAUCUCGUAUUCGCCCAUGUUCGAGCUACCACCGAAGGCACCCUGAGCGAGGACAACUGCCACCCUUUCUGCCAUGGAAGUCUUAUGUGGAUGCACAACGGCGGACUGGGAGGAUGGAAGUACAUCAAGAGAAGACUUGGCGAGCGUCUUGCCGAUAAGUGGUACCUGGGUGUGGCGGGCGGAACCGACAGCGAAUGGGCCUUCGCUCUUUUCCUCGAUACGUUGGAACGUAUGGGCUUCGACCCGAGCUCGCAACCCGAGGGUGGUUUUGGACCGACUGUUUUGCGAAAGGCUAUGCUCAGGACGAUUGACAUCAUCAACGAGCUGAUCGACAAUAUCCCAGAGAGUCUAGUACACUCGGAGAACAUCGACACCCGUAGUCUUUUGAAUUUCGCCCUUACAGACGGACACUCGAUCAUAUGCACCCGAUAUGUCGGUAGUUCCACGGACGAGGCUGCUAGUUUGUAUUACUCCUCCGGGACAUUGUGGGAGACGAGGGAAGCAGAUCCCGAGAACCGGGACUACCAGAUGGAAAGAAGCGAUAAGGGGGCUGACGUCGUGCUGGUUGCGAGUGAGCCCUUAUCCUUUGAGAGAGAAAACUGGGUAAACGUACCUACCAACUCGAUCUUGACUAUCCACAAUCAAACUGUUCUGGUACAUCCUAUCAAGGACCAGUAUUACGAGCAAGAUCCCCAGCAGCGCCGCUCUACGGCUUUCGUCAGUUCGAAGGGCUUGGCCGCAAAUGAGAAGACGUCAUCACGCGGCCCUGCCACAGUUCUCAUGCCAGCCAUCGAGAUCGAGAGUCCCCAACAGCAUGCCCAGAAGAAGUUUUUGGGUCCCACAAUACCAUCAUUCACCCCCAACCCGGUCCGAACAACCACAGAUACCGCCGUACCUCGAAACCGGAUGCCGCUAGCAAACGCUGAAUCAGUGAAUAACCCGUCUAACAUAGCCGAUGUCCGUAACAUCUCGGCACCUCCGCAGUUACUACGGGCAGGAUCCCAGCAACCACCGGCACAAGGGAAUAUCAAGAAGAAGCGUGCCUCGUUAACCACCGCUUUGGGAGAGGCCUAUUCAGCAGCCAGCAUGGGCUACAGCCUCACCACCACUUUGACGAACAAUAGCACAACCAGUAGCAUAAUCAGCACAGAGACGGCAACAAGUCCCGUUACUCCAGAAGCGGGCAGGUCCGAGUUCGGAAAUCCGAAUAAGAUUGCUCAGUUCUUCCCAGAGUUGACGCCAUACCACUGAAAUACCCUUCAGGCGAGGUUUUCGUCCUAAUCCCACACAGCGGUGGGGUUGAAUUGGAUGAGCCGCUCUUUGUGUUGUUGUUUCUUUCUUCUAUUUGCUUGUAGCUUCAGGAAAGGCGGGUCUAUGUCUGGCGUUGGUGGUUAUGGGUCUUCCCAGGUCUAUUUGGGUCUGAAUCUGGGUUUGGGUUUAGGCUCGUCUCGAUGAAUAGCAGCAAGCAGGCGUUACGAUGGUGUUGCGCAUCAAACCCCUUACCAUGCGGGUUCGAGGAGUGAAAGGGGGAUGUCUCGUGUAUUAGUGUAUCUGAAGUACCUAGUCUUAAAGUAGCGAUGGCCCUUGCGCGGCUCGUCCGUGACAGGAUGAUACUCUCACAAACUGUAGUGACCGAGAUUUGUUUUUGUUCACGAGCCGACAUCGGGGGCCUUUGAAUGAAGG